AUGGGUAAUGCAUUGCGUAGAUCUACUAGAUUAGCAUCAAAGAAAAUUGACUUAGACUCUGUGGAUGGUGUCAAACAACAAGUCGAAAUCCAUAAAACUCUUGUUAAGAAGGCUGUUGCAACGAAACGGAACAACGUGAAGGUGUCAAAACCGCCAAAAAAGGUUUCUGCAGAUUCUAAGCCUUUGCCAAAAGAGCCUAAACUUGUCCCAAAAGAAUCUAAACCUGUGUCAAAAGAAUCUAAACAUUUGACGAAAGAAUCUAAGCCUGUGUCAAAAGAAACUAAAGAACUGGAAGUUGGUGAUAUCCUUCCUCACAUCAAACUAAAAAAUCAAGAAGAUGAAGAUAUCGACUUGUGGAAAAUUGCAAAGGAUAAACCGGUAAUCCUGUUUGCAUAUCCAAAAGCAAGUACUCCGGGUUGCACCCGUCAGGCAUGCGGAUAUCGUGAUAACUAUGAAGAACUAAGAAAACAUGCAGUAAUAUUUGGUAUUAGUGCGGAUUCAGUUAAAUCUCAAAAAAACUUUCAGCUUAAGCAGCGUCUGCCUUUUGACUUGCUUUCAGAUCCCAGUAGAGAAUUUCUAGGAAUACUUGGAGCUAAGAAGACGCCUCAAUCAGGUGUUAUUAGGUCUCAUUGGAUUUUUGCCAAUGGGAUAUUGAAAGUGAAAAGAGUGAAAGUUUCCCCUGAAGUUAGUAUAGCAGACAGUAAGAAGGAAGUUCUUGGAGUGAUCAACGAAUUAAAAUCGGAAGCCUGA